CUGAUUGGAUGAGCUAUCACAAGCCCGUGUGUCUCAGUGGAUGUAACUUCUUCAGAUCCGUCUGUCAUUUGGUGUAGUCGCGUCGAAUGUAAUUGUCUCGUCAAAAGAAUUUCUGAAGGCAACCCUGUCCAAAUUGAAAACAAUUGUUAAGUUCGAAUUGGGCAGCAACAAUAGUGAAUCCAAUGUCAGCCAGCACCAGCGGUAGUGCAGAAAUUCCUGCUAUAAAAGUGGAAAAUGUUGAUUCUAAUCAGGGUUCUCAAGCUUACCCGAGUAAUGUGGAUAUAUUAAAACGUAUCAAUGCCUUAUUAGGAGACACACUUGAUCUGGCCUCCACAAGGGUCAGUGGAGCAGAACAAACUAGAGCCAGUAAACAUGUACAUUUCAACAUGUCACAAAUGCCUGAUGUUAAAGAGGAUAAUGUUCAAGGUAUGGCUCACAUGUAUAAUCAACCGAACCCAGAAUUACAAUCGGUUUUAAAUUAUGCUGGUGUUGGUAUUCCUUCGUCUUCUAGUCCUACUCCUUCAACACCAUCAAGUUAUAAUUCACAGGGUUUCCAUUUAUUUUCACCAAAUGGUUCACCAUCGGAACAAUGGGCUAACAUGUGUCAUACUCCAGAUAUACACAGUUUUACUACACCAACCAAAUAUCCCAGAGCAAUUAAAGGAGAAAGAUCCAUGAGCUGUACAUCAAGUGAUUAUGGUUCUCUAUCACCUGUUAGUCCCAUGAGUGAUACGUCUUUAUCACCUGUAGAAAAGAUCAUAUACUCCAGCUUGUUAAAUAACAGAACUACAAGAAGUCCAUCACCAUGUGAAUCGGAUACCAGCGGCUUUGGAAGCGAGGGUUCUGAUGCUGCAGCAUUGAAUGAAAUGAUGAAUAAUUUGAGUUUGAGUAACAAUGGAAUGAGAGGAAAUGCAUCUGUUCUUCACAAUCAACAUCAACAACAACAACAUCAACAACUAACGCAACAAUAUAAUCAACAGUACAAUCAACAACAACAAGACAUCUCCACUCAACUCUCAACCCAAUUAUCAUCACAACUCUGUCAAUAUCAACCUCAACAAACACAUCUAAUGAGAAACUCCACAGCACUAAGUAACCUAACAGCUAUGGGCAUCGGAGCUGUUGGAAGUGUAACACAGGAUAUGAAUUUGCUACAAGAUCGUAGUUGGCAGACCUUCAAUCCUUUCUUAAUGACCAAUGUGGAUCCAUACGCCAUUGAUAGAGCUGCAAGACUUCACAGAAAUGCAGCAUCCGUGAGUGAAGCUAGUUGUACAUGGAGUGGUCAGUUACCACCAAGAUCCUAUAAAAAUCCAACUUAUUCUUGUAAAGUGUUUCUUGGUGGAGUUCCAUGGGAUAUUACUGAACCUGGUCUUCAAGCAGCUUUUAGUAAAUUUGGUUCAUUAAAGAUUGAAUGGCCUGGAAAAGAUGGUUAUGUAUAUUUACUGUUUGAUUGUGAGAAAUGUAUUAGAACAAUUGUAUAG